AUGCCUAUUGUCGUCUCGAACGAAGGAUGGGUCAAACUUCCACCAAAGCCACGAAAAGCAUCACCAAGAAAGCCUGCAGACCCUGUCGGCAUUCUUCGAGGACCAUUGGCCUAUAUUACUGGCAGACCAGAUUUCAAAGAGCCUGUUAAGAAGCAACCUAUUGAUCAAUUAGUGCUCGCAUCCUCAUAUAUCUCUCCACCUCCACCUCCUGUCUUCGAAGAAAAGCCAAGACGGACCCGAAGUCGAGUCCCUUCAGCACCAGUCUCAAGCAAGAGCAAGCACAGAUCCCAGACAGAUACUUUCGAAGAGGCGGACGAGGAGAUACCACGUCCGGGACUCUUGCCGGAAGAUGUACAAUCACAGCGAAGUGCCUCCCCAGUAGGCUCAAGGCAUACAAGAGCAGCUCCUUCCGUGAGGUCAAGGCGGUACGAGACCUCAAGACCCGAUAAGCCGCAGUAUGAGGUCGAAGACGAACUAAAAACUCGUCGGUCGAGGCGUCCCCAAUCUGUAUAUGACGACGAGAUCAGCUAUUACAAGUCCAAUCGUAGCGAGCGCAGCCAUAGAGAGCGAGAACGCGAAAGAGACAGAGACAGGUAUCACUCCCGCGCCUACAGUGACCAUUAUGCAGCACCGCCAAUGCCGCACAUUCAGCCCAUUGUCAUCUACUCAACUCCACCACCAACAACAGGCUGCGGAGGACAUCAUUCAUGUCAAAAUCAUGGCACUGUGCAACAUCAACAUUCUAUGCCUUACUACAGGCCCAUGAUUGAAGCAAAUUCUGCAUUCGCACCUAGGCCGAUGCCGUUCGCUGAACCUGCAGGAUUGCCUGCACCAAAACCAGCACCAAGUGAGGUCGGUUCAACUACGAAAUCGAGCAGGAGCGAUAUGAGUUAUAAGUGGUAUACCGCUACUCAGCCUUUGAAGAUGUGA